ACCAUGUGGUAUAGCGCUAGCGUUUAUAAUAUUAAAUGGGGGUGAAUGGUAACUAAUGGGAUACCUGUGUGCCUAAAAGACUGCGUUAUACACGGUCAACAUCAGCACUUGUGAGUCACAUUUAGCUAGCUCAGCUACCGCUUGAAGCUAUCUGUCCUCUAGCCGCAACAGCAGGCAACAUUCCUUGAGUGCAGUGGAUUCUUACACGUAAAGCCGACGACUACCAAAGAAACUACGCUGUCAUCCUGUAUGAUCCUGACCAGCGUUGAGACAACGGCUCAAUCCCUAAACGCCCGGAUGAGAGCAGCAGGCAACAUUAAGGGCAACAUGGUCGCAUGAACAGAGGACAACCAUUCCGGUGGGGACGACAGCCACUGCUGGAAUCUGUGACAUUUUCGACGCAACCCACGGAGGACGGAUUCGGGAAAAUACAGGCAGAGAUAGAGGCGUGGAGGCGGAGAGAAACAGCACAUUUCCUCUUGUGGUGUCCUAUUUCGUUGGUGAAGGAUCGCGCAGACAGACGGUCUCACACUAAGCUAUGGAAUGCUCCCUGCACCCACCAUCACUAGUCUCCAAUCUUUGGACUGAGAUCCAAACACUUAGUUAGCGGCUGUGCUACUCCCCUAAGACUCUUUAUAACAAGGGGACGAAGAAAGGAGUGGACUUAACUUAAGUCCUUUGCUAAAAGCACACAGAGCAGCACUUCUUUUUAUUAAAGAAUAUUUAAGCCAUUUAGUUUUUUGCCUCUUGGAUUUUUUCUCGGUGAAAACAUAUCAAGAUGGAUCUGACGCCGUAUCUGUGGAUGGUGAUCCUUGGCUUCAUCAUUGCCUUCAUACUGGCCUUUUCGGUGGGCGCCAAUGAUGUGGCCAAUUCUUUCGGCACAGCGGUGGGUUCCGGCGUGGUCACAUUGAAACAGGCCUGCAUCCUUGCCUCCAUCUUUGAGACACUGGGCUCAAUGCUGCUCGGGGCCAAAGUGGGUGAGACGAUUCGAAAGGGCAUCAUAGAUGUCAACCUGUACAACGAGACAGUGCCUGUACUCAUGGCAGGGGAGGUCAGCGCCAUGGUUGGUUCAGCAGUCUGGCAGCUAAUCGCUUCCUUCCUCAAACUGCCCAUCUCUGGAACUCACUGCAUUGUUGGCGCCACCAUCGGGUUCUCCAUGGUGGCAAUUGGCACGAACGGUGUACAGUGGAUGCAGCUUGUCAAGAUUGUGUCAUCGUGGUUCAUCUCCCCCUUGCUCUCUGGACUCAUGUCUGGAUUUCUCUUCCUGCUCAUCAGACACUUUAUCCUCAAAAAGGAUGACUCUGUCCCCAACGGCUUGCGAGCGCUGCCCCUCUUCUAUGCCACCACUAUCGGGAUCAACACAUUCUCCAUCUUGUACACUGGAGCCCCAUUGCUUGGGUUAGAGAUGCUACCGGUGUGGGCCAUCUUUCUCAUCACUUUAGCUGAGUCGCUGAUCUGUGCAGCCCUCGUCUGGUUUAUUGUAUGUCCCUGGAUGAGGAGGAAAAUAGCAAGUCGUCUAAAGAAGGAGCAGGCGCUAUCCCGGAUCUCUGAUGAGAGUUUGGACAAGAUACCUGAAGAGGAGGAGGAGAGCCCUGUCUUUAAGGAGCUACCAGGAGCUAAGGGCACAGAUGAGGCUGUGUUGCCGCUCACCGGGGGCAACAGUGAACGGAGUACCCGCGACUCAAGUGGAGAGAUCACCAGCGUGGCUAAUGGAGGCAAUGUCCUGCCAAAUGGCAGGGCUUAUGGCCGGACCCACUCAAUGACCAACGGCUGCCUGAAGUCACCCAUCGCUAAUGGCAGCUUCAGCUUCGAUGGCCACAUGCGCAGCGAUGGCCAGGUGUACCACACAGUGCACAAGGACUCUGGUCUCUAUAAAGACCUCCUUCACAAAAUCCACCUGGGCCGCAUGGAUGACACCGAUCGCUCUGGCGCCAACGCCGGCCCGGCAGACAACAACUACCGCCUGCUGCGGCGCAACAACAGCUAUACCUGCUACACAGCAGCUAUAUGUGGCAUGCCCGUCCAGCCGCUUAUACGCACAGAGUCACGUGAUGACAGUGAAAAGCUGGUAGGAGAGGGAGGCGGCAGGAGCAACAGCGUGUCCUACUCCAAGAAGAGGGUACGCUACGAUAGCUACUCCUCGUACUGUAACGCCGUGGCAGAGGCUGAGAUUGAGGCAGAGGAGGGUGGGGUGGAGAUGAAGCUGGCCACAGAGCUGGAGGGGGUGGGCGAAGAAGGCGCUCCUGCACCAGUGCCUCUGGACGACUUGGUGGAGGAGGAGCACGAGGAGAAGGAUAAGCCUGAGGUGUUUCUACUUUUCCACUUCCUGCAGAUCCUCACCGCCUGCUUUGGCUCCUUCGCCCAUGGAGGCAACGAUGUCAGUAAUGCCAUUGGGCCCCUGGUGGCGCUGUGGAUGAUCUAUGAGCAGGGUGGUGUGAUGCAGGAUGCUGCCACUCCCAUCUGGCUGCUGUUAUACGGUGGUGUAGGCAUCUGCGCCGGCCUGUGGGUGUGGGGCCGCCGCGUCAUUCAGACUAUGGGGAAAGACCUGACUCCCAUCACGCCCUCAAGUGGAUUCACUAUUGAACUGGCUUCUGCACUCACAGUCGUGUUAGCUUCCAAUAUCGGAAUCCCUGUCAGUACCACGCACUGCAAGGUGGGCUCAGUCGUGGCCGUGGGUUGGAUCCGCUCCCAGAAAGCAGUGGACUGGCACCUCUUCAGGAACAUCUUCCUGGCGUGGUUCGUCACUGUGCCCGUGGCCGGCCUGUUCAGCGCUGCCGUCAUGGCCCUGUUCGUCUACGGCAUCCUGCCCUACGUCUGAGGAUGCCCGGCUGGGAGGGAGAACAGAGGAGGAAGAGAGAGUGGUGAAAGAGAGAGAGGAAGACUUGGGUAGAAAUCAUAGCUCGAGUGUCAGGGGUACCGAUAAAGGAGAUGAAAACGAUAAGAGAGCAAGGGUGACGGGGAUAAGAGAAGGAGAAGGGAGGAAGCUGCAGAGGUUAACAUAUGGACUUGGUUGUACUGUUGGUGUGUGAGGAGAGUUGGUUCAGAUGCUGCCUGGCUCUUGAGUCCAGUAAUCUUUUUUUUGUCUUAGUAGAGUUUUUGAUCUGAGUAUUUCUUCUCUUUUUUUGGGUGCAUAUGAAAGUCUAUAACCAACUAUUCAAUCUGCUGUACAUAUAUGACAGUAAUAGGGAGAUUUCCAGUACCUCUUAACAAGACGUAUGGCAGAAGAAAAAGUGGCAGUCAUUUUCUGUCCCUUCUUUUUUUAUCAGAAGUUUUAAAAACAAAAGGCAGCACACGACAAGUAAUCAAACCGUUAAUUCUGCACACCUAAAAUACAGUAAAACUAGAUAGUUCUGCCUGUAAUCCCAGGUAGCAUAGAUUGUCAAGUGCUCAUUAUUAUUAUUCCAAAAUCCCAGAAAAAAAAAAACCUGUACAUAUUGUGUACAGAGUGUGAUUUGUUGUUUUGAGGGCUUGCUUUAAAGUUAAAAAAAGAGGAAGAAAAAGAUGUGCUUGCGGUAAACCAACCCAUCCAUCAUCUCACUUUUAACAUGCUAGCCAGGUACAACUAGGGCCAAAUGGAAAGGACACCUCAGAAGGGGGGGGGACGGUCACUCUGCUUAUUUUAAAUUUUCCUCAUGAUACCACAGAAACCUGAUUUGUUAAAGAGUUCAUUUUUGUCAAGAGCUUCUGUAUGUUUUUAGAGAUGGAUCUCAUAUUUUUUAAUGAUGUAAUAUACUGUAAUUUGUACUGUAAAUACUGUCCUUAGAGAGUUUGGGAGGGGGAUGUGGGAUCAUGGUUUGUUUUAAAUGUAGUGGGGAGGGAGGAUCUCCACGAUGUCAUAGUUCCAUUCAUUAAUUACAGUGUGUUUCGUCCCAGAAAACACACACCCUAAAUGAACACAUACACUUGACAGGCGGCUGUUGUUUCCAGAGGUGUGCAGAAGUACAUUGAUUGGAAAAAAAAUAUUUAAAUUUAAGUAAUGAAGCCGUACUCAACAGAAAGCCGGAGAUAUUUCUUUCCUUCAGAUUUUAUCGUAUCAGUAAAAUCACCAGCAUUGGCUAACAAAUCUUUAGUUAAAAGGUUUCCUUGAGAAAAUGUUUCAGUUGGUUUUCAGAUGGGGAUAUUUGAUAGACUUAAAGUAGAAGCAAUUGUAUGUGGCGCAGAAGCCAAAACACUAAAACUGAACAGAAACAAAAACACUAAGGUCUCAUAAAAUGUUCACAUAUCUUCAUCCAGAUGCCUUUGUUUUCAUAUAUAAAAAUCAGCUACUGGAGUCAUUUCCUCAUAUUAAAGGCUCCCUGCUAAUGAUGGACCUCUACACUGUCCAUGUUCGGGUCAUUUCAAAUCUCCCGCCCUGUUUUGCCGGUCAGAUCACGUCUUAGUCCAGGGUUUAUCUGUUUCUGUAGCCCUGAACCUCGGUCUCAUACCCCUGGUCAGCCUUGUCAUGUCAGACGGCGAUUAUGUAUCAUAUCAAACCCGUAUUAUAACUCAGCCAGUUAUGCAGAGGUGGAAAAAAGGGGAUUCAACCCCUACCACACAUGUAGCUCCUCAAAAUGGGAUGUUAUUUCUAUUUUUUUUUAAGUGUAGAAAUGUUUAGUCUGUUGAUCAUCACAUUUCAAUCAAAGUGCUAAAGGUUAGGGACAUAACAUAGGGUCAAGUUUCAGGCUAAAUCAAAGUCCAGUGGUGGUGGAUUUGAGGACGCUCGUGUCACAAAAAUAUCACAAGACUUAUCCUGGGAUCAUUAUGUGAGAUGGUAUCUGGGGGGGUAGUACUGAUCAUCACCAGCGUUUUUAACAGGGUCACCAGACCUGUAUUGACGAAGAAAGUCUAAAGCUUUUUUUGUUUUUUAUUUGAACAAACUCGUUGCCAGGUGUCGCAAGUUCUUUUUUGUUCUUGUGGUGUGUUUCCUAAAAAAAAAAAAUAUUUUUCUCAUGAACAAAUCUAUGCUUAACUAGCCACUUGCCUUGUAACAUUGUGUUUUACUUUGUGCAGAUACAGUUAAAUAAUAAGUAAUGUGGUGUUUACAUCGUAACCAUAUUGUAGAGUAUCUGGAAAAAAAACCUGUUGCCUAAUGAUGCCAAUGAAAGACUAUUAACCAUGAUUUUUUUUUUUUUAAGUGCAAGUAAAAAAAAUAAAAUAACCUGAAGUGUCUAGAGAGAGAAAGAAAGCGAGAGCAUGUGUGUGUGCGUGCACGCACGAUGACUCUUUUUUUUUUUUUGGUUGUAGUAGUAGUGCUAAUCAUGAUCCCCGUCACUUUACACUGCCAUUACGAUGAGUUGACACUACAUGUAUGUGUGCAAUUCAGUAAUGAAGAGAAUGACUAUAGAAAUUUCAUCAAGACUAUAUUUUUCUACCAUAUCUGAGUUUUAACAUGGGUGAGCUUCCAGACACUUUGGAGGACACACUGUGGGGUUGAUGGGAAAACUGGAAAACCGGGCCUAGUUGUUCUAAGAGAUCUUUGAUACUGAGAAUUGGUCUUAUUCCAAGUGUCUUGCCUCACUGGUGCCAUGUGACACACUUCCUCCAAGCCCUGUGUGUUCUUCUAGUAGAUUGAUGUGUCGGUUGCCAAUAGAUCAGAUUUUUUAAUUACCAUUUUUAUGUUUGAAUUUUAGAUGAAAACACUUUGUAAUUUUGUUUCCCUACUGCUUGUGAUCUUGAGCUGUGAGAGCAGGACAGCAUCUUGCUAAAACCAGGACAACUGCUCACUAAGGUGAAACCUAGAAGCAAAAAAUCUCCAGUGGCAAAACCUUAAAUCUUAAACUUGGUAACUGAUAACUGGACUAUGAGGACAUUUGUUUCCUUGUUUUGGCAGGGAACCACUCUUGAAGCUCAUACCCUUUCCCUCUUCCACGGCAUGUGUGUUACACAGGGGGCUGCACAGAGCUAGUAAAGGAAGUCCAUUUGGAGAAAAUAGGCCGAGAAGAUCAGAUUUUCAGUUCAGUCUUUAAAACAAGCCAAUGUACUUGCUUACUUCUAGAUAGAAUAAAAACAUUGUUUUACUUAACUUCGAUUAGCUUUUAAUUUUAAGUGUAUUUUGCCAUAGUGUCUUUUUCAGCUGUCUGCAGAAAAACCUAUUUUGUUCAUAUUCUAAAAUAAAUAGGCAUGUGACACAUUGGUAGUUGCUAACAUUUGAACACCUCGUCAUUUAUAGAUAGGAUAAAACAUUGAUUGUUUUGUUAACAUGUAACAACAUGAGCUACCAAGUGCAGACUUAAAAUCUUGUUGAAUGCCAACAAAAUAUUAUUGCUAAUCUAGUCCAAUAGUAGGAAAACCCCAUGUAAUGUGCAUAUUUCCUCUGAUGAAAGUCACUCUAUGGCAAAUUCUAUUAUCUGGCUGCAGCUGGUGGAUGUUUGUUGCUCUUGUGUUUAAGUUAAGUAAACAAUGAAAUAAGACUGAAUCUACUUUCCACAUGGUGGAUUACGAGGUUUACUUGACUGAGGUCAGCCAGCAUGCUUCAGACAUCUGGUUUGCGCUGCAUCACCACCGUGCUCUGCAGGCCUCUGUUUUGUAACUCACACUGUCAUUUUCUGUUGUUUUUCCAUGCCAUUCUCAGCCCUGAUAGGCCAAAAAGGAUGCGCUGCUCAAGAUGGGGGGGGGGGGGGGGGGGGGGGGGGGGGGGGAGGAUUGUCUUAUGGUGACUGCGUGAAAAAUAUCUGAUAGUAAUUUCAUAAAAGCAACUAUGCUAUAUGGUAAAUAUCAAAGUAGCAUUGCUCUUAAUAGAUUAAAGCCCCUAAAACUUUUUCAAAUAUUACAUAUUUCUUUAUAACAUAUAAUGAUUAAGUUCAAGUUUGAAGAAAAAAACAAACAUCUGUAGGUAUUAUUUAUCAAGGGUUUCACCAUAGAUAUAAAACGAUGGUGUUAACCCUGGCAUCUCAGCUAAUCUGGCUCGAUCGGACAUUAGCAGAAACAACCAGUCGACUAUUGUCACAUCGUCGUUGAUUCAGUUAGUUCAUGAACAAAUGCGACAUAACCUUUUUCCAAAGGAGCCCAGUCCACUACAAAGCAGUGUGGAAAGCCAUAAAAAAUAAGAGUUCUAACUUGCUGAUUGAGAAAGGAGGGGCCUUUUUAAAUGAGUCAGACCUUGAGAAUAAUUAUCUUAUGAGUUAUAGAUCAAACUCAUUCUUUAUUGAUGCAUUUUAGAGUGGAUUAUAUCCUGAAAGACAAUAAUUCCAAUGAUUUUGCAGGUAAAAUUCAGGAUAAUCUUUCUUUCAAAAAUCGGUUUGGUAUGAACGCAGCCACUAGAUGGCCUAGCCUGACACUUCCCCUCCCUGCAGAGACCAGUCUGUUCCAGCUCCUCGGUAUCAUUGAGUGGUGGAAUUGCCAUUGAGGGAGUUCCUGUGCUUCUAUUGCAUUAUACCUGUUUUGUGACCUCUUUGCGGAGAAACAGAAGGUGCCAUUCUCUCUCCCUGAAAGUGCAAAACAAGCUGUUUGUGAGGGUGCAACUACACUGCUGUCACUCUGUGGUCGUGUAGCUCCGCCUGGUGGAAUAGCGCCCUCUCCUGUGUGUGUGUGUGUGUGUGGCACUAACACCGCCUCCCAGAGGUGGAGGGGCAUCAGUUCAGACCUUCACGUGCUGUCUCUAGUUUUCUGGUCUGUUUUGUAAUAGAAUGUGCUCCUUGGCUGGCCUGCAGGCUUUACAGCUCUGUGUUGUCUCUUUAACGUUUACUGCUAUUUAACUGUCCGGUCCUUCAAAAGUUGAAAAAAUGACUGAAUAAA